AUUAUCUUGAAACUUCAAGACUUGACUGCACUAGUGUGACAUUUGUAGUGUGCGAUUAUUUAAUUUUGAAAUAUAUUAUGCCAUACAAACGAAAGAAAUAUCAUGUCGGAGAUACCCAUUUAAAAAAACGCUGGCGAGUGCGAAAUAGGAAGAAGGAUUUAGACCAAAUAGACGUAGAUUUGAAAGAAGAAAAUGCGGACAAGUUAUUGAAUCAAAGCGUCGACCUGGACUUACCUGGUGCUGCUCAACAUUACUGUCUACAUUGCGCUCGCUACUUUAUCGAUGAACACGCUCUUUCUGAGCAUUUUAAAACGAAGGUACAUAAAAGGAGAUUAAAGGCAUUGGAGCUUGAGCCUUACUCCAUAGAAGAAUCUGAGAGAGCCGCGGGGCAUGGAAACUUCAAACUGCCUAAUAAACGUAAAAUUGUCACACAAGAAACUAAACACAUAGAAAACGAAGACAUAACAGAACAGGAUUCAGAGGAAGUUAGCCCAAGCAAAAAGAAAAAAUCAGAAGAAAAUGCUACAUAAAACAUGUAAGCUCAUUCUUAGUACUAAGAUCUAUGAGUUUAAUAAAAUCAAUAAAAGAUC